AUGCGACGGACCGUUAUCGCUGCGCGGUCCUCCGCAGGAUCCUUGGCCCGCGCCGUCGUUUACCAACAGCACUUCCAGCCCCGGCGCAUGUUUGCAACAAGCGGUUCCGGCACUGCUCCUCCCAGCAAGAGCGAACCUCCUACGACUCCGGUCGACCGAUCCCAGGACCAGGCGCAUCCCAUCGGUGCCUACUACGAGGGCGUUCUCAAUGGCAGCAAAAACUACCCAGACACCAAGCCCGAGCUGCCCCCGGUGACCUCCCAGAAAUACCCGACCAAGCUUACGCCCGCCGAGCCGGAAGCUAAGCCGGAACCGGAGCCGACGAAGCCGAAGCAGGACGACAAUGUGAGUUCCGCCCCUACGCCUACGCCCUCCGAGCAGCCUCCGAAGAAGGAGGGGGAGCAGCAGCAGCAGCCGCCCGUGAAGCAAGAGCAGAAGGAAGAGGAAAAGAAGCCCGCUUCUGCUACCACCACUUCUGCCACCCCGGCCGAUGAACCCUCCCAACUGGAAUCAGCCAAGAAGACGGAUGAGAAAGGGGAUGAGGCUAUCAUCGCAAUCGCAAUGCCCGCGACGUCGGCGCCGACACCGGUCCCGGCCAGGCGUGCGGCGGUUGUGCGCAAACCUCGAGAGCUGAAGACGAAGAAAAAGGACCCAAAGGAGGCAAAGGAACCCAAAGUGGUCAACCUAGCCAGCGCGGCCCAACGAGCCGAGCGCCUGGCCUCGAUCCGGUCGCAGUCCAAGCUCGUAGCGGGCGUGCUCGUGCCGCCACGGCCCGAAGAGCCCGACAACUGCUGCAUGAGCGGAUGCGUCAACUGCGUGUGGGACCUGUACCGGGACGAGAUGGAGGCGUGGGCGACAGCGACGGCGGAGGCCGAGCAGCGGCUUGCUGCGCAGCAGGCUGGGCUGGGGGAGGAGGGCGCGGUGGCGGUUACGGGGGCGGUGGAGGCUGUGGGGAGCCAGCAGAGUUCUACUUCUAGUUCCACUUCUACUUCUACUUCUACUUCUCCUUCUACCUCUACCUCUAGCUCUACAGCUGCAGAGAGUGUCAAGGGGACGGAAUUGGCGGGCACGGCACAUUCGGUGGUCGAUCAGAGGGGAGCGAGUUCUGCGACUGGCGCCGGUGCUUCUACUACGAAGACUUCGACUUCGACUUCGGACACGACUUGGAACGACGACCUGUACAAAAAUGUGCCGGUUGGGAUCCGCGAGUUCAUGAAGCAGGAGAAGAGGCUAAAAGAGAAGCAUGCGCGCGAGGGGACGGUUGGGUACACAUAG